AUGGCGCACAAGGAGACGCGAAGCAAGCAUCAGCGCUUCCUGCAGCGCCUUGAAGGACUUAGCAGCGAAGACCGUCAGCGUAUACAGAAGGAGCACGUCGCGUAUAUGAAUGGAGAGCGAUCCAUGGAUGCCAAUUUUGGGGAAAGCGAGACUGCAGCUCUGUCUGCUGUUCGCUCGUCGCAGCGGGCUCCUCGUUCAACGCCCCGGUCGCCUAUGGGGAAAGAAUUAGCGUACCUGAAGGCCAAGAAGCGCCUUAUUUCGGAGCAACGUAGCGCUGUGGCCGCUAAGACCGUGGCAGGAAGUGGCCGGAAGGCGCUAGUGGCAAGGAAGUCCAAGGACGAUGAUGAGGAUUACAUCCCUGCUGAAGAUGACGUGGACUAG